AUGCGUCUUCUUGCUUUUCUUAUCUAUCUCAAGACCUCACGGGCCCUGCUUGUCCCUUCUCCACCAGGCCCCUAUGAUGUUGCCGUUAGAAACUUUGAGCUGGUCGAUACAAAUCGUAUUGACACAUUUGCACCCAAGCCCAAUACCAAGCGCCGUCUCAUGGUCUCUGCCUAUCUUCCCAUCGACGCCCAAUAUGGCUGCAAAGAUGAAGUCGUACCAUAUGUACCGGCCCUUACAGCAAAGGCCUAUGGCAAGGUGGCCGGAACUCUUGGCCUACCCGACAACAUAGUCAAAGAUUUCGAGAUGAAGGUCUGCAAUAUCUCAAGCGUCAAGCCAAAGAGGUUUCACAAGCCCAAGAAGGAAUAUCCCAUCGCGCUUUUCUCACCUGGUUAUCAAGGGUCAAGGCUUGUGUAUGGGGCCAUGGCUAGGUCACUUGCAAGCCUUGGGUAUAUCAUUCUUACUGUGGACCAUACUUAUGAAGCCUUUGUGGUUGAGUUCCCUGAUGGGACGGUUGCACCUGCUGCUGAGUUUCCGGAUAACAUGAACUCUACGUAUCGGCAGCUCGAGGUCCGAACUAAAGAUGAGUCUUUUGUAAUCUCCCAACUCUGCAACCACACACUCGUGGAGCAGGUCUUUGGUGACUUCCCUGGUACAUUUAACCCUCACAAAGUUGCCGUGUACGGUCACUCUUUUGGUGGAUCAACUGCCGCCGUCACAGCCCAGCGCGAUCGCCGCGUCAUUGGAGGUCUCAACUUUGACGGUCCCAUGUAUGGAUCCGUGGUUGAAGAAGGCUUAAAGGGCACGCCUUACAUACUCGUUGGAACAAACAUGACAGCGCCUGAUCCAGUUCCUGGCUGGAAUGCAUUCUACGAUAAGAUCGACGCUGCCAAGAUGGAGAUGGUGGUGAACCAUACGCGUCACUACGCCUUUACGGAUGUUCCGUUGCUCUUGACCGAGUUUAAGCUUCCGGCCAAGUCAGAAGCUAUGGUUCAUGAAGUAUUUGGGACGCUUGGUGGAAGAAAGGUUGAGAAGGCGGCGAAUGAGAUUAUGCUCGGAUUCUUGGACUUGGUGUUUAAGAAAAAUGCUAAGAAGCUUAAGGCUAUUGGCAAGAAGGAUGGCAUCCACGUUCUUCAACGCGAUCUUGCAUAA